UUGCAACCCCACCACGCUGCUUUAAUCCUUCUUCUUGUUCCUUUUCUUUCUAAUUCUAUUUUAUUUUCUACAGAACUGCCGACGCAAAGAUGGCGGCCGCAGUAUCCCAGGGAAAUGCUGGGAACAACACCUUUAGAGAUAAGGAGAAGCCCAUGGCGGUACGGGGAGCCAAUAUUUUGGCAGCUAGAGCCGUCGCGGAUGCGAUCAGAACUUCUUUGGGACCCAGAGGAAUGGACAAGAUGAUCCAAACGCCUAAGGGAAACACGAUUAUCACCAACGAUGGGAACACUAUGUUAAAGGAUAUGAGUGUUAUGCAUCCAGCUGCCAAGAUGCUGGUUGAUCUGAGUGCAGCUCAGGAUGUUGAAGCUGGUGAUGGGACAACCUCGGUCGUCGUUAUUGCCGGCAGCUUGCUGGGGGCUGCCCAGCGCCUGCUGGAAAAAGGCAUCCAUCCCACUGUCAUUUCGGAAUCUUUUCAGAGGGCCGCAAAUGCUGCUGUCCAGGUUCUCCACGGCAUUUCCCGCCCGAUAGAAAUAACGGACCGUGCAAGCCUCCUCCAAGCUGCGUCUACCUCCCUCUCAUCGAAAGUAGUUUCGCAGUACUCGAGUCUUCUUGGGCCCAUGGCUGUCGAUUCAGUGCUGAAGGUGAUCGAUCCCAAGACCGCAGAGAAUGUUGACUUGCGCAAUAUCCGCAUAGUUAAGAAGGUGGGCGGUACGAUUGAGGAUAGUGAGAUGGUCGACGGUGUAGUCUUGAACCAGCAAGUGAUCAAGAGCAGUGGAGGCCCUACAAGGAUCGAGAAGGCUCGCAUAGGGCUGAUACAAUUUCAACUGAGCCCGCCUAAGCCUGAUAUGGAAAACCAAAUUGUGGUUAAUGACUACCGUCAGAUGGAUAAGAUCCUUAAGGAAGAGCGGCAGUACCUCCUCAACAUGGUGAAGAAAAUCCAAAAAACAAAGUGCAACGUCCUUCUUAUCCAAAAGUCUAUUCUCCGCGAUGCCGUCAAUGAUUUGUCUCUGCACUUCCUUUCCCGCCUUAAGAUACUUGCUGUGAAGGAUAUUGAGCGUGACGAAGUCGAUUUUCUUUGCAAGAGUCUGGGUUGCAAGCCAGUCGCCAACAUUGACUCCUUCACGGAGGACAAACUCGGCACCGCUGAUUUAGUGGAGGAAGUCCAAGAGUCUGGUGCACGUUAUGUCAAGAUUACAGGUGUCAAGACGCCAGCGGCUGCUGCCGCUGCCAACAGCCAGACCGUGUCUAUCGUCGCGCGUGGCGCAAACAGUCUUAUUUUGGACGAGGCAGAACGUUCUCUGCAUGAUGCACUGUGCGUUAUUAGGUGCUUGGUGAAAAAGCGUGCCCUCAUUGCUGGUGGUGGUGCUCCCGAGAUCGAAGUUGCUCAUGCACUUUCGAUGCGUUCCCGUGAGCUCACAGGAACCGAGUCCAUCUGCUGGAAAGCAUUUGCAGAUGCGAUGGAGAUUAUUCCUACCACCCUCGCGGAGAAUGCUGGUCUCAACGCCAUCAAAGUGGUCACUGACCUGCGGCAUCGACACGCUCAAGGCCAGCACAACGCGGGCGUCAGUAUUCGCAGCGGCGGCGUAAAGGAUGAUAUUACGGAAGAAAACAUUCUUCAGCCUCUUCUCGUGAGCACGAGUGCGAUCGAGCUCGCGGCGGAGACGGUAAAGAUGAUCAUGAGGAUUGAUGACAUUGUCCUGUCGAGGUGAUUUGAUAAAGACCAAAAGGCAAAUAAGGGGCGUAUAACGGGCUAUCUACUUUAAAGAAUAAUCUUGGCCAAAACCGUUGAAAGAGAGAUAUUGUUCCUUUUUUCUUUCAUGUUCGCAUCCACAGUAGAACUGUGUAGCCUAGCUAUCUAUCCCAGAGUGUCCUACGUAGGCUCCUCUUCCUGCCUGUGUAUUGCAGUUAAGCUCUUUCUUCUGCCAAUUUCCAGCCAUGGCCUGUAGAAGUAUCUGAAUUGAACGCCUUUUUACAACCCCGUCGACCUCCGCCACCAAUUCCCAUAUCCUGAUUUUCAAAUCCACUUGAGCGGAACGAGGUCUCGUCGUGAAAGGUAGCCUUGGAUACUGUGAAGUUUGCAUAUGCGCGAUCAUCAUUUGCCUGGUUGUUU